UGUUCCAAUAUGGCUGCCCAAACAGAGGCAGAAGUUCAAGCUACGACAAAUUCACUUAAUUCUGGUUUGAUGCACGUUCUUCAACCGUCCAUAGAAGCCCUUGAUCAUAAAGUUAACACUGUCAGGUGAGAAAUUUCCAUUAGACUAGUGUCCUCCACACUUGUAUGCUACAAAUUGUACUGUACUAUUUAAACUAUUUAAUAUGAAAUUUAUAAUCAUUAGUCUAUGGCUUGUUAACUUGUAAUCAAUUUCUCUCCUGUUUUAUAGACAAAGUCAAGUUACCCUAAGGGAACAAAUUGAUCGACUAAGUGAAGGUUUAACUUUUUGUAUUGGGAUUUAAUAGACACUUUCUAAAUUUGCUUGAACAGUUGAAUGCACACAAAAUGUUGUCCUUUUAAAAAAGUUCUUGUUAUGUCAUGUAAACCUUAAUAAUCAACUUCUUACCUUUAUAUUGUGUACACACUAAAGCGAAUUUUGGAAGUGUCUGUUCAAAAUAGUAGGUACUGGUAGAGUGUUUGGAUUGUAUGCUGUACAGCAUCUGACACAAGAGUAUUAAGGAAAUAUGAACUGAUUGUAUUCAUUUCUGUAGAUCUUGUAAAACUGGGUGAUUGCCAAGAUUUGCCAAUUGAUCUUGAACCAUAUGUGAAAAAACUGAUUGGUUCUAGAAGAAGAAUCACACUUGUAAAUAGCAUCCUGCAAAAUGCACAGGUAAACUCACCAAACUGAUUGCCUGACUGACAGAACAACCAACUGUCUGAACAACUGUAUGAAUUGAGUGAUGAACCAACUUUAUAUCAUAUUACUUUCAUUUUUUUAAAAAUCUAACAGGAAAGGCUGAAAAGACUUAAUCAGAACAUUAGUCGAGAGACUGCCAAGAAAAAGCCAGAACUGGAUCCCACGCUGCAAAUUUAAAAUAAAUUUGAAUGUAUAUAUGAAUAAUCAUUUUGUAUGUUAGCUAAAGCCCUGGUCAAACAAGAUUGAGAGUUGGUGAGGGUUUGCAGUCACAAAUUGUUACAGGGGACACUUUAGAUUACGUUCUAACUUUAAUAAAAUACACCAUGCUCACAUGAUUACUCACUCUCAUCCUCUUUUGAUUUGGGCUUAGGCCCUGGCCACUCUGAAAACAUUGUUUUAUUGCUAUAUUUCCCAAACGUUGGCAAAUCAGAAAACAUUGUUUUUGCAAUGAAAUUUAAAAUUGAAACAAAUAUUUUCUGAAUUUGUUGGGAAACAUCAAUGUUUUCAAGGCUGGGUAAAUGGGGGAAAUUUUCAAAUUUUUCUGCAAUAAUGAGAAUGUUUCCUAGUUUUGCCAGGAUUGUAAGUCAAGUUUUAGAUAGAAAUACGUACUUGCAAAGUGUGAAAGAUUAAAUAUUUAGGGAGAAUUAACGGAUCCAAAUACAAGCAAUGGGGAAAUCGCUGCUCUGGCAAGCGAGAAUGUCCAUGAGAUUGUUUUCAAUUUUUAUGCCCCCAUCAAACGAGAACAGGAAUUGCAUACGAGUUGUUGAGAUUUGAAUGAAUUUAUUACGUGCAUAGAACGCAUCAAAAUUUGAACCAGCUCAAAAUUGGUUAGCCUGGAUAUGUCAUUUUUGUCUGCGCGCAGGCUAGAAAUUGGUGAGAUUUGCAUAAUUGGUAAGAGUGUAGUCGGAGUCGACGAGUGUUGGCGCAAUCAAACGUGUGCGCGAGAGUUUAUCAAAUAAUAUAUAUUUAGCGUGUGAAUUGAACAAGUCACAUAUUAACACUGAUGAAGAUCCGGACUUUCGGAUCGAACGCUUUGCAGUAAUAAAUUUACGUGGUGUUUCCACAAACAAAAAGUAUUAUAUAAAUAUAUAUUUAUCAGCA